AUGGUCUCUCUGACAAAGUCCCUCGCUCCGUUCCAAACCCUUUCCCCUUCUUUAACCAUGGCCGCUUUGCCCAAACGAAUCAUCAAAGAGACCGAGCGCUUGGUUUCCGAUCCGGUGCCCGGUAUUCUUGCCGUUCCUUCCGAAGAGAACUUGCGCUAUUUCGAGGUGACUAUUGACGGCCCGGCGUCGUCUCCGUAUGCCAACGGGAAGUUCAAGUUGGAGUUGUACUUGCCGGACGACUAUCCCAUGUGUGCGCCCAAGGUUCGCUUCUUGACGAAAAUCUACCAUCCCAACAUCGACAAAUUGGGCCGCAUCUGCCUCGACGUGUUGAAAGACAACUGGUCGCCGGCGUUGCAGAUCCGGACCAUCCUUUUAAGUAUCCAGGCGUUGUUGGGAGCGCCAAACCCAGACGAUCCCUUGGCAAACGACGUGGCGCAGGAGUGGAAGCAGGACGAGCCACGAGCUAUAGCGGUGGCGAAAGAGUGGACAGAAAAGUAUGCGGUGGAGUAG